AUGAGACCAGCUCGGGAUAACCAGUUGAAGUUACCGAUCCAGGAGGUGCACGAAAUGGAAAGUUUAUCUAAGAGGGCUUGGGAUAAUGCAGCUUUCGAGGCUUCACCGCCGAGCACUCCUUUCAAUGUCCAGACUAUCUACAACCCCAGCUCAUUCCCAAACAAUCCUUAUGGAUGUGAAGAGCCCCCACUGAAUCCAAACAAAAGCAAACCUUCCUCGGGAUGCUGCAUGGCCUUUGCUAAAGGAAUUCGAGGCUUGUGGGGUACAAAAUUGACUGAGAACUUGUCCAAUAACCCAGAGUUACACAUCAGGAGGACGUUGCGUGAACUAUUAGUUUACAUAGUUUUCCUCGUGGACAUUUGUUUGUUGACCUAUGGAAUGACCAGUUCAAAUGCCUAUUACUACACCAAGGUCAUGUCAAACCUUUUCCACUCUACGGCAGGAGAUACAGGGGUCACCUUUCAAACUAUCCACAGCAUGGCUGAUUUCUGGAGUUAUGCACAGGGCCCAUUGCUGAAUGGGCUAUACUGGACCAAGUGGUACAAUGGUGAUUCAUUUGAACAUGGUCCACAUUCAUUUAUUUACUAUGAGAAUAUACUUCUGGGCGUUCCCCGUAUCAGACAGAUCAAAGUUAUGAAUAAUUCCUGUGUGGUUCACAAGGACUUCCGAAAAGACAUCACUGGAUGCUAUGACGUCUACACAGCAGACAAUGAAAAGAAAUCUCCCAUCAAAAAUGCAACUGCGUGGAUUUAUUAUUCUGAGUCAGAACUUGGAGGUUCCUCACACUGGGGUAAACUAACUGUCUACAGUGGUGGUGGUUAUUAUCAAGAUCUCAAGACAAAUAUGGAUAAAAGUGCUGUAAUUCUACAAGAUCUGAAGGAUAGUCUGUGGCUGGACAGAGGCACUCGUGCAGUUUUCAUUGAUUUCUCUGUGUACAAUGCCAACAUUAAUCUCUUCUGUGUUAUAAGGCUUGUAGUAGAAUUUCCUGCAACUGGUGGUGCAAUACCUUCCUCGCAGUUCCGCACAGUGAAACUCAUUCGUUAUGUCAACAACUGGGAUUAUUUUAUCAUAGGUUGUGAAGUAAUCUUCUGUGUCUUUAUCCUUUACUACAUUGUGGAAGAGAUAUUGGAACUCAGAAUUCAUAAACUGCAAUAUGUCAAAUGCAUCUGGAAUUGCUUGGACCUGGUGGUAAUUUUGCUGUCCCUGCUUUCCAUAGGUUUCCAUAUUUUCCGCACUAUUAAGGUGAACAUACUGAUGGGAGCGCUGCUGACAGAUCCUGAAUCCUACGCUGACUUUGAGUUUUUGGCUUUUUGGCAGACCCAAUACAAUAACAUGAAUGCUGUCAACUUGUUUUUUGCUUGGAUCAAGAUCUUCAAAUAUAUUAGUUUCAAUAAGACAAUGACCCAGUUAUCCUCAACCCUGGCAAGAUGCGCUAAAGACAUUCUUGGGUUUGCAAUUAUGUUCUUCAUUGUUUUCUUCGCCUAUGCCCAGCUGGGAUAUCUUCUGUUUGGAACCCAAGUGGCAAAUUUCAGCACUUUCCUCAAAUGCAUCUUCACUCAGUUUCGAAUAAUCCUUGGUGACUUCAACUUUGAUGACAUAGACAAUGCCAACAGAAUCUUGGGUCCAAUUUAUUUUGUCACCUACGUUUUCUUUGUCUUCUUCGUUCUGCUUAAUAUGUUCCUGGCCAUUAUAAAUGAUACAUACUCGGAGGUGAAAGCAGAUCUCUCAAUUCAGAAGAGUGAACUCCAGAUUACAGACAUCAUUAAACAGGGUUAUAAUAAAGCUUUGAUGAAAAUGAAGCUGAAAAAGGAGCGAAUUUCUGAUGUGCAGAAAACUCUUCAGAAUGGAUCCAAAAAGCUGGGUUUUGAGGAUUUCAGGAGCAAUCUAAAGGAUUUGGGUCACUCUGACCAAGAGAUCAAAGAUACUUUCUCAAAAUUUGACUCUGAUGAUAAUAAGGUACUGGAUGAGGAAGAGCAGAUGAGGAUGAGGAACGAAUUAGAAGAAAAGAAGAUUGCUCUAAAUGCUGAAAUAGAGAACCUGGGAAGGAAUUUUGGGUGUCCAGACAGCUCACAGACUUUUGAUUAUGUGAAAAACAACAGCAACGUCAAACUAAACAACAGUGUAACACACGAGGAGUUCCAGAUGUUGGGGCAUCGCGUUGUUCAGCUGGAACAUUCAAUUAGUAACAUUGUGUCCAAAAUUGAUGGAAUCACUGUUAAACUUGAGAUAAUGGAAAAAAGCAAACACACGAUGGAAAAGCUGUUCAAUAUUCUUCAAAAGGAGAAGACGGCCCAUAACAACAUAGAAAGGUUGCGGACAGGUGGAGGCCCCGCCCAUAUUGACGAGGGAUGA